AAGCUUUCUGGCCUAGUAUAAACACAACUAGCAGUCCCGUUGCGUUAGCUGCCACCUCGGCCGAGCCACAGGCAACUCAACGAAGCACCCCCUCAUCCCCUCGUCGACCUAAACCAACAAAAUGGAGCGCGAGCAGGCCAGCUCUCCCCAGCUGUGCGAGAAGGGCUGCGGCUUCUUCGCAAACGUGGGCUGCGGCGGUAUGUGCAGCAAGUGUCACCGCGAGGAAGCUCGGCAGCAUGCCAACGCCCAGGCUACUUCCUCGCAACCUAAGCCCGUCGAGGUGGCCGCUUCCAGGCCGGUGCACGAAUCAUUUCCCCAGCCAGCUGCCCCUAGCGAAGCCGUCGCGUCGCCUGUUGCCGAGGCGAGCACUAGCUCUGGGGACGCAUCGCCUUCAGCGACCAAGUCGGCAAACCCGUCGCGCUGCCUGUGCUGCAAGAAGAAGGUCGGGCUGACUGGCUUCAAGUGCAAGUGCGGGGACGUCUUCUGCGGGACGCACCGCUAUGCGGAGAGCCACAACUGCCCCUUCGACUACAAGACCGUGCACAAGGAGAAGCUGGCGAGCAACAACCCAGUGGUGCAGGCCAGCAAGGUGCAGAAGAUCUGAGCACGGGGUGGCGUUCUUGCCAGUAACGAUGUCAGGGGGAACCAGGCUGUGCACGGGUGCACACGGUGGGGCCGGGGAAGGUCUUGUCAGGAAGGGGUGCUGGGGCGGCAGGCAGGGGCAGCCGGGGCAACAUGCACACGCAUGCUUAACUAGUAUCAACUCUUGAUCAGACAUACAGACGCUUGCUGACGAUCAUGUUUGGCUGCACUGGUAGAUGGCGUAGUACUUCGCGGAUGCUUGUGUCUCACGCACUGACGAUGGCGUGUGAGACAGUGAGAGGACGACCGAUAUGAGCCCAUUCAUUGGUCGCUGUAUAAUUAGGAGACAUCAGUCUAGCCUCUGUACUUUCAACAUUUUGUACGGGCGUGGUGGCACGCGGGACGAGGUGGUGCAGGUAUGGUGCUAGGCACCGCUCGGGCGUGUUGUGCGGGCAUGUUGGUGGCUUCACGGCCACGCAAGGAAGCAAGGCGCAGGGACGGCUUACAGCAUGUGCAUGAUGCAGAUUAUAUGCAACAUGUGCGAAGAUGUAACGAGGCCUCGAUUUACUACGUUGCGUCAGCGUGGGAAUUGAAGGGAGCUGGCAGGUGGCGUCGCAGUGGCGGUUGUCUGCAUCUCACCGUUGAUUGCCCUGUGGGAGAGGCCAUACCGGUAGCUGGAAGUCUUCUGCAGUUCUGCUUGCAUGUUCGGCGUUACGGUAUACAGGCGUAUCCUUCCUGUUAAAUGCUGUCACCAGGCUGAGCGCUCAGUGUGUGUGGCGCAACCACCACAGCUUGCAGUAUCUUCAGCUGUUCAGUUUUGGGGGGGUAGGAGUAGCUCGGUAGGUGCGACGCGCGGCCAGGGCCCACAGGAUCCAUGGCAGCUUGCAAUCGGGAAUGGAGCAGUGCUGGCACUAACAUGGGCAAGGACGCAGGGUUACGGCAAUCGGAGUGCGGGGAAACGCAGGGGACUAAAGGGUGUGUGGGUAUGCUCCUUCAGGGCUGCACAGCUGGUACCGUAUUAGGCACAGGGCCGCCCUGCAACCGCACUGCCCCUAAGAUACUGGCGAUGAUGGAUCGCCAGCUCCCGGGGCCCAGAGCUUACCGUGUCUGUACCCAAGUGCAUG